AUGUUUGAAGACGACGAAGAAGAGCUCGAAUUGCUUAGGCAAUAUGAAAGUAAAAACAACUACGGAGACAAUCACGUCAGUGCAUCAGAGGAGGAACUUGAUAGCGAUACAGAAGACAAGAUCUUGAGUUUGAUUCACUACAGUACUGGUCUCAAGAAAAAGAAACAACAGCAACAGCAGACGCCACAACAACAGCAACAGCAACAGCAACAACGUGCCGCAUCACCAACGUCUGAUCUCGAUUCUAAAGUACAGCAACAAGCAGUGACUAAUCGAUCACAACCUGUCAUUAACGAUCCGUUCAACAAGAGCAGCAUCAACAAUCACAUUACCUUUUCUAGUGGCAGUAAUGACGAUGAUAGCAGCAGUGACGAGAGUAGUGAAAGUGAAUCUGACGAUGCCUUUGCAACUGCCGGUACUUCCAAGUUAACUAACGACGACAGCGAACACGAAGAAGGUGCUUUAAGCACCAGCGACGAAGAAGAAGACUCUGAUGGAUCAUCAUCGUCUUCAUCUUCUUCUGACGAAGACGACGAAGACGACGACUACGAUGAUUACAAGAGCGCAGUUGCUUCGGACGAUGAUGGCAAUGCAGCUGUGCCUGCGGUAACAACGCGGUUUAUCAAUUUUGAUACGGAUAAUCCGAGCUAUUUGGACGAGCAGGAGGAAACAGACGAGGAACAGCAACUUAAUAGCAAAUUGCAGGAUUUGAUUCAGGAUCAGAUCGACAAUCGCGAACGAAGUCGGAGAAAGAGAAAGUUCACAGGACACGUAUCGAUUUGUUUUGCUUGUAACGCUCCAGGACAUGAACGAAAGGAUUGUCCAGUGUGUGCAGAAUGUGGCGAGUCUAAACAUGACUACCGAUGCAGCCCGGUGAUGUAUUGUAUUCGAUGCAAAAGACGAGGUCAUCAACGACGUGAUUGCCAAUACCCCGCAGAAAAUAAACCGUGCCGACGAUGUCGUUCUCGCGAUCAUAUUUCAGAGCAAUGUCCGUUGAUUGUGCACACGUAUACUCCAUUGGAUAAUCCAGCACCAGCAUCUACACCUAUCGUACGCUACUGCUACAACUGUGGCGAUCAGAACCAUUAUGGCGACGAAUGCCCGAUAUUGCCAGAAUACCUGCAACAGUUCCCGACGGUGUUUUCAAUAGACAGUACGCGCUCUGACCAGCGAUUCGUUUUGGAUGUUUCAAAGAAGAAAAGACACAGAAACAGUAGCAACAAUAGCGUUAGCAGUGCUGCGUCUGGAUAUCGACGAGGCCAUUCGGAUGAACAAAGGAGUAACGACCGGCGAGGAGGAGGAGGAGGAGGAGGAGGAAGAGACAGGGGUGAUUUGGAUCAGUUCUUUGACAGACCGCGAUAUCAAAAUAACGGCAACAGCAGCAGACGUAGUAAUAACAGUAAUAAUAAUGACAAUAACAGACGACCCCAGUUUAUUGGACAAGCAUUUCAACAUCAGCUGCCACGACCAUCACAACAGCAACAACAAAAUCAUCAUCAUCAUCAUCAGCAUCGAUAUCAACAACCACAAAUGCAACAGCGACGCCAAUCUUAUUCUACCAGCCGGCCACAACCAUCAGCGCCAUCACAUACUGUGCGAGGAUUACCUCCAUCACAACAAGGAUCCACACAGUUACAACGGGGCACGGGAAGCAACAACUGGAAUUCGAUUCCGCAGCCGACGCGGACAGGCACGAUGAAUGUAAAUAAUGCAGCGAGACAACAACGACAGCAGUUUGGAAUGGAUUUCCCGCGGGGUACGAACAAUAACAACAACACUAGUAGUAGUAGUAGUAGUAGUAGUCUGCCUAGACCCAGCUCGAGUGGCGUGAUUGUGCCUCAAAUGAAUAACCGUCAAAAUGCACCUCGAUACCGUGGAGGCUAUAAUAGCCGUAGAUAG